CAAAAGUCAAUGCAUUUGAUAAAAGAAUCUGCGAAAUGCAUAACCGUACUGUAAAUGUAAAACUUAACUAGCGGUGUUAUAUAUCCUGUUUGUUUCUGCACAAUAUUAAAUUACAGCACACAAACUCGGUGAGAAUGAACUUUGCAACCCCGAAAUGAAAGCGCAAAGAAGAACCGAACCCAUUAACCGCUCACAAUCAGAAUCAGGCAGAGACAUUAGAGUGACGAGCAGCUCGUGAAAGUCAUUCAUCAGGGUUCGGCGUUAGUCAUGGAUGACCCUUCAUUUAUCACCGAUCCAGCGCUGGAUGCAGACACAUAGCGCACUGAUUGGACGCAACGGGGGGGACCGCAUCCACCGCCAAACCAGAGCUGAGGAAACACUCCUGCGAAUGAACCGAUCCCGACCUGUCGGUUCGUGUGUGUUCUCACAGCGCGCGCAGGUGAACGUGCAUGUCCGCGCUCUCGGCUUUGUCGUGGCUCUUUGAGGAAACAGCGGCGUACUCCGCGCGUCCGGAAGCUCGAGGCUGAUAUUCGGCAGAUGCACGCGCACGAGCGCUUGGCACAUCGCUUCUCCGUUUGUUUGGCGAUUUCGGAGAACAGACCGAAACGUUAUCUGUCAGCAUCAGAGUGACUGAAGGCGAGGAGCGCAUCGGACUAUCGCGUUUGAAACGGAGUUUCUGCCUAAAGCGAGCGAGGACGUCUCGUUUGGUCUUCUUCAGCUCUUUCCUGAUAAACAUCUCUCCGUGGUGUCAUUGUCUAAAGUUGUUACCAGUCGUUUGGUGAAGUUUUGUCAGUGGGAUGCUGAAACACCUCAGCAGCAGGUAGACAACAGUAAGCUCACAGUUGGGCGGAGCCUGCGGCGAGCGAGGGCUCCAGUUGGUUGCCGCGUUGCGUUACACCGCGUCAUGCGGGCAGGAUGGAUGUGAAAGAACGCAGGCCCUACUGCUCACUGACCAAGAGCAGGAGAGAGAAAGAGCGCCGCUACACGGGCUCAUCUGGCGACAGCGAAGACUGCCGCGUGCCCACCCAGAAAUCCUACAGCUCCAGUGAGACCCUCAAGGCCUUCGACCACGACUCCUCACGCCUGCUGUACGGAGGCCACGUCAAAGAGAUGGUUCACCGAGAGGCUGAUGAGUACACACGCCAAGGCCAGAACUUUAACCUGAGGCAGCUGGGGAUAUGUGAACCGGCCACACGCCGUGGCCUGGCCUUCUGCGCUGAGAUGGGCCUCCCUCAUCGCGGCUACUCUGUCGGCGCUGGCUCAGACAUGGACAAUGAGAACGAGGGGGUGAUGUCACCCGAACGUGCCAUGCGCCUCUGGGGCAGGGGUGUGAAGUCCGGACGCAACUCCUGCUUGUCCAGUCGCUCCAACUCAGCGCUGACCCUGACCGACACGGAGCACGAGAACAAGUCAGACAGUGAGAACGGUUCUCCCAUGCCAUCCUCUCUCUCCAGUCCAUCAGUCACUGAGCAUUCCCAUUCUCAACCACCCUCACCCAGUCUCCAUGACAACCAGAGUUCCGCCUUAAGUAAUGCCACCACGCAGGCGGCGCAGGACUCUGAUUCGGAAGAGGAGUACACGGCCGCUCUCUAUAGACCCGUAACACAGCCUGGCCUCGGCCACAGCUGUAAUGAGCAACCGUCCAAUCAUCACCAGCAAGGCCAGUCCACGCUGCCACCGGUGCCGCCCCCGCACAAGCAGCAGCCGUCGGUGACGGCGCUGAACCACAACUCUCUGAGCAGCCGCAGGAACGUGAGCCCGGCCCCUCCGGCCGCCCUCCCCGCCGAACUGCAAACCACACCCGAGUCAGUGCCGCUGCAGGACAGCUGGGUCCUGGGCAGCAAUGUGCCGCUGGAGAGUAGAAAAUUAGCAAAGCAAGCAGUUCUUGAAAACGGGCAUGACAACUUAAUAGAGAUGGAUGUGUUCACUCCCGUGUGCCACGAGGGCGACUAUGGGGACGGGCACUUUCUCUUUAAAACAGGCACUGGCACCACUCCUCUGUUCAGCACGGCCACACCAGGCUACACCAUGGCCACGGGGGCGGUCUACUCGCCCCCUACACGGCCCCUGCCCCGCAACACACUCUCCCGCAGCGCCUUCAAGUUCAAGAAAUCCUCCAAGUACUGCUCGUGGAGGUGCACGGCCCUCAGCGCCAUGGCCGUGUCUAUACUGCUCUCGGUUUUGCUGUGUUACUGCAUUGCCAUGCAUCUCUUUGGAUUGAAUUGGCAGCUGCAGGAAACUGAGGGCUAUGCUUUUGAGAACGGCCAGGUCAAAACCGACUCCACGGCAUCCAACGCAGUCACUGCCCUGUCUACUGAAAACAGAGUUUAUUUUCAAGAGAAUAACACCAUAGACACGGGUGAGGUGGAUGUGGGUCGAAGGGCCGUACAGGAUGUGCCUCCAGGAACUUUCUGGCGCUCUCAGCUCUAUGUUGACCAGCCGCAGUCCCUCAAGUUCAACAUCUCCGUCCAGAGAGGCGCCCUGGUGGGGGUGUAUGGUCGGAAAGGCCUCCCUCCUACUCACACACAGUAUGACUUUGUGGAGCUGUUGGAUGGCAGUCGUCUGAUAGCUAAAGAUAAACGGGGACUGGUGGAGGUGGAGGGAGCUGCAAGGAAGGCUCGUUCGGUUAAUGUUCAUGAGGCAGAGUUUAUCCGCUUCCUGGACUCUGGCACCUGGCACCUCGCUUUCUACAAUGACGGCAAGAACACUGAGCAGGUGUCCUACAACACCAUCGUCAUAGAUACCCUCACAGAGUGUCCGCACAAUUGCCAUGGCAACGGAGACUGUCGCUCGGGAACGUGCCAUUGUUUCCCAGGGUUCCUUGGGCCUGAUUGCUCACGAGCUGCCUGUCCGGUUUUGUGCAGUGGCAAUGGCCAGUACUCCAGGGGGCGCUGUCUUUGUUACAGUGGCUGGAAGGGGACCGAGUGUGAUGUUCCUAGCAACCAGUGCAUAGAUGUUCACUGCACUGGCCAUGGAAUCUGCAUCAUGGGCACCUGCGCAUGUAACACGGGCUAUAAAGGAGAAAACUGUGAAGAAGUGGACUGCCUGGACCCAUCCUGUUCAUCUCAUGGUGUAUGCAUUCACGGAGAGUGCCAUUGUAAUCCAGGCUGGGGCGGCACCAGCUGUGAAAUCCUGAAGACUAUGUGCCCAGAUCAAUGCUCGGGACACGGAACCUACCAGACAGAAAGUGGUACCUGCACCUGUGACGCCAACUGGACUGGGCCCGACUGCUCCAUUGAGGUGUGUGCAGUGGACUGUGGCUCUCACGGUGUGUGUAUAGGAGGAAGUUGUCGCUGCGAUGAAGGCUGGACGGGUACGGUGUGUGAUCUGAAAGCGUGUCACCCACGCUGCACCGAACACGGCACCUGCAAAGACGGCAAAUGUGAAUGUCACCAGGGCUGGACCGGAGAGCACUGCACCGUCGCUCACCCAGAGACGUAUGUCCAAGGAGAGAGGAUAGGAUUUAAAGAGGGAUGCCCAGGUCUGUGCAACAGUAACGGUCGCUGCACGCUGGACCAGAAUGGCUGGCAUUGUGUCUGCCAACCGGGUUGGAGAGGUGCCGGCUGUGACGUUGCCAUGGAGACGCUCUGCGCAGACGGCAAGGACAAUGAAGGAGAUGGUCUGGUGGACUGUAUGGAUCCUGACUGUUGCCUGCAGAGCUCGUGUCAGACUCAGCCCUUCUGCCGUGGCUCUCCUGAUCCCAUCGACAUUAUCAGCCAGAACCAACCAGUCAACCCACAGCAAGCCGCCCAGUCAUUCUAUCAGCGAAUCAGCUUCCUCAUCGGUCCAGAGAGCACGCACGUCAUUAACGGAGACAACCCCUUCAACCGGAGCCUGGUGUCUAUAAUCAGAGGGCAGGUGCUUACCGCAGAUGGUACACCCCUGAUCGGAGUCAACGUGUCCUUUAUGCACUACCCGGACCAUGGAUAUACCAUUACACGCCAGGACGGCAUGUUUGACAUUCUGGCCAAUGGCGGAGCAUCACUGACACUGAGCUUUGAGCGGGCUCCAUUUCUGACGCAAUUCCGCACGGUAUGGAUCCCAUGGAACGUCUUCUAUGUUAUGGACACCCUGGUAAUGAAGAAAGAAGAGAAUGACAUUCCUAGCUGUGACCUAAGUGGCUUCGUCCGGCCCAGCCCUCUUAUCGUGGCCACUCCCCUCUCUACCUUCUUCAGGUCCUCACCUGAGAACGGACCCAUCAUUCCAGAGACACAGGUUCUUCAGGAGGAGACGGCGAUUCCGGGGAGCGACCUGAACCUGAUGUAUCUGAGCUCCCGGGCGGCCGGCUACCGGCCUGUGCUGAAGGUCAUCAUGACCCAUGCCACCAUCCCCUUUAACCUGAUGAAGGUGCACCUGAUGGUGGCCGUGGUGGGCCGCCUCUUCCAGAAGUGGUUUCCUGCGGAGCCCAAUCUGUCGUACACCUUCAUCUGGGAUAAAACAGACGCGUACAACCAAAGAGUCUAUGGCCUGUCGGAAGCAGUGGUGUCCGUGGGAUUUGAGUACGAGUCCUGUUUGGAUCUGAUCCUGUGGGAGAAAAGAACAGCUAUUCUGCAGGGUUACGAACUCGACGCCUCAAACAUGGGAGGAUGGACUCUGGACAGGCACCACGUUUUGGACGUUCAGAGCGGUAUCCUGUACAAAGGCAACGGUGAGAAUGUCUUCAUCUCCCAGCAGCCGCCAGUGAUCAGCACCAUUAUGGGUAACGGGCGCAGACGCAGUAUCUCCUGUCCCAGCUGUAACGGGCAGGCCGAUGGCAACAAGCUGCUGGCUCCAGUGGCUCUGGCCUGCGGAUCCGACGGUAGCCUUUUCGUCGGAGACUUCAACUACAUCAGACGCAUCUUUCCCUCGGGGAACGUUAGCAGUGUUAUGGAGCUGAGAAAUAAAGAUUUCAGACAUAGCAACAAUCCUGCACAUAGAUACUACCUAGCAACAGACCCAAUGACAGGUCAGCUGUAUGUGUCAGACACCAACUCUCGGCGGAUCUUCAGACCUAAAGCCCUGACGGGAACAAAAGAGCUGCUGCAGAACGUGGAGGUUGUAGCGGGGACAGGAGAACAGUGCCUGCCCUUUGAUGAGGCUCGCUGUGGUGAUGGUGGCAAGGCAACAGAGGCGCUUCUGCUGGGACCCAAAGGCAUUGCAGUGGAUAAGAAUGGCUUCAUUUACUUUGUGGACGGUACCAUGAUUCGAAAGGUGGACAGAAACGGCAUCAUCUCCACACUGCUGGGGUCCAACGACCUUACAUCUGCUCGCCCUCUGACCUGUGAUACUAGCAUGCAUAUUGGACAGGUGCGUCUAGAGUGGCCUACGGAUCUUGCCAUCAACCCUAUGGACAACUCCAUCUAUGUGCUUGACAACAAUGUGGUGCUACAGAUCACAGAGAACAGACAAGUCCGCAUUGUGGCAGGCAGGCCAAUGCAUUGUCAGGUGCCAGGUAUCGAGUACGCCAUGGGAAAGCGCGCCAUCCAGACGACUCUAGAGGGCGCAACGGCCAUCGCUCUCUCCUACAGUGGUGUCCUCUAUAUCGCCGAGACGGAUGAAAAGAAGAUCAACCGAAUCCGACAAGUUAGCACGGAUGGCGAGAUUUCUCACCUGGCUGGAGCGCCCUCCGACUGCGAUUGCAAGAACGACGCUAAUUGCGACUGUUACCAGACGGGCGACGGCUAUGCCAAAGACGCCCGACUGAAUGCACCUUCCUCUCUGGUGGUCUCUCCUGAUGGAACGCUCUAUGUGGCUGACCUGGGAAACAUUCGAAUCCGGGCCAUACGUCGCAAUCGACCUCCGCAAGGUUCUUUGGGUCUUUAUGAGGUCGCGUCACCGGCCUCACAAGAACUCUACGUGUUUGACGCUAAUGGAACUCAUCAGUAUACCAUGAGCCUCGUCACUGGUGAUUACAAGUUUAACUUCAGCUACAGCAAUGAGGAUGAUGUCACGGCGGUAACAGACAGCAGUGGAAAUACUCUCCGUGUUCGGCGCGAUCCCAACCGCAUGCCAGUGCGCAUUGUUGCCCCUGACAACCAGGUCAUUUGGCUGACGAUAGGCACAAAUGGAGGUCUCAAGACUCUCACAGCACAGGGACAGGAGCUGGUACUCUUUACCUACCAUGGUAAUAGCGGCCUGCUAGCCACCAAGAGCAUCCAAAUUGGCUGGACCACAUUUUAUGACUAUGACAGUGAGGGGCGUCUAACCAACGUAACCUUCCCCACUGGAGUAAUCACCAGUCUGAUUGGAGAGAUGGACCGAGCCCUCACAGUGGACAUUGAGACCUCGGGAAGAGACGAUGAUGUCAGCAUCACCACCAACCUCUCAUCCAUCGACUCCUUUUACACCUUAGUUCAAGAUCAGCUAAGAAACAGCUACCAGGUGGGCUAUGAUAACUCAAUGAGGGUCAUCUAUGCCAACGGAAUGGACUCACAUUUCCAGACCGAGCCUCAUAUUCUUGCGGGUGCAUCCAACCCCACAAUGGCCAGAAGAAACAUGACCCUGCCUGGGGAGAAUGGACAGAACUUAGUGGAAUGGCGCUUCAGAAAAGAACAGACCAGGGGGAAAGUCAUAGUGUUCGGCAGGAAACUCAGGGUCAAUGGUAGAAACCUGCUCUCUGUGGACUAUGACCGCACACUGCGGAUGGAGAAAGUGUACGAUGACCAUCGAAAGUUCCUCCUGAAGAUUCAGUACGAUAGCUCUGGUCAUCCUACACUGUGGGUGCCCAGCAGUAAGCUGAUGUCUGUCAACCUCACCUACUCCAGCACUGGACAGGUCACGAGCAUCCAGAGAGGUCCUACAACCGAGAGGGUAGAAUACGAUAGCCAGGGACGAAUAGUCUCAAGAACCUUUGCUGAUGCCAAAGUGUGGAGUUACACAUAUCUGGACAAGUCCAUGGUGCUACUUUUACAUAGUCAGCGGCAGUACAUCUUCGAUUACGAUCUGCAGGACCGACUCUCCGCCAUCACUAUGCCCAGCGUGGCUCGUCACACAAUGCAAACCAUCCGAUCCGUGGGUUACUAUCGAAACAUCUACAACCCACCUGAAAGUAAUGCCUCUGUUACGGUGGACUACAGUGAGGACGGACAGCUAUUGAGGGUGGCACAUUUGGGCACCGGUCGACGCGUCCUCUAUAAGUACCGCAGACAGAAUAAGCUUUCCGAGAUUUUGUACGACAGCACACGGGUGAGCUUCACCUAUGACGAAACUGCAGGUGUGCUAAAAACUGUCAACCUACAGAGUGAGGGUUUCAUUUGUUCUAUCAGAUAUCGACAGAUAGGCCCGCUGGUGGACCGUCAGAUAUUUCGCUUUAGUGAGGAUGGCAUGGUCAAUGCUCGUUUCGACUACACCUAUGACAACAGUUUCCGAGUCACCAGCAUGCAAGGAGUCAUCAACGAGACCCCGCUUCCCAUUGACCUUUAUCAGUUUGAUGACAUUUCAGGCAAGGUAGAGCAGUUUGGUAAAUUUGGCGUCAUCUACUACGACAUUAACCAGAUCAUCUCAACGGCUGUUAUGACCUACACAAAGCACUUUGAUGUACACGGUCGCAUUAAGGAGAUCCAGUAUGAAAUCUUUCGCUCCCUCAUGUACUGGAUCACAAUCCAGUAUGACAACAUGGGUCGAGUCACCAAAAGGGAAAUAAAGAUCGGCCCUUUCGCCAACACCACCAAAUACGGCUACGAGUAUGAUGUGGACGGGCAGCUACAGACUGUUUACCUUAACGAAAAAAUGAUGUGGCGGUACAACUAUGACCUGAACGGCAACCUACACUUACUGAACCCUGGCAACAGUGCUCGACUCACACCGCUUCGCUAUGACCUACGGGACCGCAUUACACGGCUGGGCGAUGUGCAGUACCGCAUGGAUGAAGAUGGCUUUCUGCGACAAAGGGGUGCAGAAAUCUUUGAAUACAACUCUAAGGGCCUCCUAGUCCGGGUGCACAGCAAAGCCAGUGGGUGGACGAUCCAGUACCGCUAUGAUGGGUUAGGAAGACGCCUGGCUUCGCGCAACAGUCUUGGCCAGCACCUUCAGUUCUUCUAUGCUGACCUCAAUUACCCUACGCGCAUCACCCACGUCUACAACCAUUCCAGCUCAGAGAUCACUUCGCUUUACUAUGACCUACAAGGGCAUCUGUUUGCUAUGGAAAUCAGCAGUGGUGAAGAGUUUUACAUAGCUUGUGACAACACAGGAACACCGCUCGCAGUCUUCAGCAGCAACGGGCUUCUCCUCAAGCAGGUACAAUAUACUGCCUAUGGAGAGAUCUAUUUUGACUCUAACCCUGAUUUUCAGUUGGUUAUUGGAUUCCAUGGUGGCUUAUAUGACCCUUUAACAAGACUAUUACACUUUGGAGAGCGUGACUAUGACAUUCAAGCCGGCCGUUGGACCACCCCAGAUAUAAGCACCUGGACCAGAGUGGGCAAAGACCCAGCUCCCUUCAACUUGUAUAUGUUCCGCAAUAAUAAUCCUAUCAGUAAGGUCCACGAGGUCAAGGAGUAUGUCACAGACGUCAACAUCUGGCUGGUGACAUUCGGCUUCCAUCUGCACAACGUAAUCCCUGGAUUUCCCAUACCUAAAUUCGACCUCACCCAGCCCUCACUUGAAAUGAGGAAGAGUCAGCUGUGGGAUGAUCUACCGUCUAUCUCAGGGGUCCAGCAAGAGGUUAUGAGGCAGGCCAAGGCUUUCCUAUCCUUUGAGAGGAUGCCUGAGAUCCAGCUGAGCCGCCGACGUUCUAGCCGGGAAAAACCUUGGUUGUGGUUCGCCACAGUCAAAUCUCUCAUUGGCAAAGGUGUCAUGCUUGCUAUUACCAGCAAAGGCCAAGUGGCAACCAAUGCACUGAAUAUAGCCAAUGAGGACUGCAUUAAAGUGGCCACUGUGCUCAACAACGCCUUCUAUCUAGAAGAUCUGCACUUCACUGUGGAAGGACGCGAUACGCACUACUUCAUAAAAACGAGCCUGCCCGAGAGCGACCUGGGGGCACUGCGACUCACCAGCGGUCGCAAGAGCUUAGAGAAUGGCGUUAAUGUGACAGUGUCACAAUCCACCACUGUGGUCAACGGGCGCACUAGGCGUUUUGCAGACGUUGAGUUGCAGUAUGGUGCGCUGGCCCUGCACGUCCGCUACGGCAUGACACUGGACGAGGAGAAGGCACGUGUCUUAGAGCAGGCCCGCCAGAGAGCGCUGUCGAGCGCAUGGGCACGGGAGCAGCAGCGUGUACGUGAUGGGGAGGAAGGGGCGCGACUUUGGACAGAGGGCGAGAAGAGGCAGUUGCUUAGCUCUGGAAAGGUGCUGGGUUACGAUGGCUACUAUGUACUGUCAGUGGAGCAGUAUCCCGAAUUGGCCGACAGUGCCAACAAUAUCCAGUUCCUGCGGCAGAGCGAGAUUGGGAAGAGGUAACAGUGUGCAGAGCACAGAUUGCCUAAUUGACUACUGCCCCAUGCUCCCUAAGCUCCUCUCUCCUUGUACACACCUACCCUACCGGACCCCCGAGCCCAGAGACCGAAGGGAAGGGGUUUAGGCUAGAGGAGUUGUGCCUAAGUGCCACACACACAGCAAUUAUACAGAAAAAACAUGAGGCACUUCGUCCCAUAGAUCAACCCUCACCCCAUCCUACACGUUUGCCCACACUAUUGCAUUGAAUGGACUCUAAGAGAGCAACUGAAGAAAAAACUCUUAUGAUUUGUUUUUGGGAGUUAUUUUGUGCUUUUUGUAUAAAAACCUUAAAGGUGACUUGGUUACGGACAAAAACGUGUUUACAUGUGGAAACCACUGCACCCAGAUCAGCUAACAAUGCCUAUACAAGGCUGUGACUGUAAAUCAGUGGUUCACACCGUCUCGGGCGUACUCAUAAAAGGGUUCUCGCUCGUGCAGUAUAUGAAAUGUUUUGUCAACUAGUAAAGACUGUGAGCUAGUUGAUUGUUUCUCUCCUGCUUUGAUUUCUUAAGGGACACAGUUGUGGUUCAUACAGUAUAAUCGAAUCCGAGUGUACAAUCUCAUUCCUGAACCAACCUAAGUGGUAGAUAGAGCGGAAACUGACAGAACAAAAUAUAUAAAUAUACAAUAUAUAUCUCAUAACUGACCGGUCUUUUGAGAAGAGAUGUUAGAAUAUCUUUUUAAGUAAAAAAAAUCCACUAUCCAUACAACAGCAUUAGUCGCAGAGAAAGUAAUUUAUGUACAGUGUUUAUACAUAAAAAUAAAAUCCUACAAAUAUUGAGACUUUUCGUCUUGUCAUGCAUUACUGUUUAUAUUCAUGAAUUUUAUGAAUUUUAUCUUAUUACAAUUUGUGGUAAUGCUAAUUGAAAUAAAAUCAGCUGUACUGUGUCAUUCAAUUCUCAACAUUUGUUGUUUUUCUUUCCAUCUUCUGAAAUUGAUUGUUGCCAUUCUUUCUAUUUCUCUCUCUUAUUUUAAAUUGUGAAAACACACGUUCAGUGUUUUCAUGGCUUUACGGUCAUUGCGUUUUUUUUCGGUGUUUGGUUAAUUACUAAACACAAAUACUAAAAACCCAAAAGUUUUCCAGAAAUCAAAACUAAAUGAAUGAUAUCGUUCUGUCUUUUUGUUGUCUCUGCUUGAGUUUCAGGUCUUAGCCUCUCUCUCUUUCUAGCUAGAUACAAUUUGAACUAAAAGUUUCCGCUCUUUUUAACGUUUCAGAUGAAGGACAUAUCAAACUAGCAUUAAUGUUGCUGCCAUUAGCAGCACCAAAAAAGCCUCCCAAGGAGAUGUAUGAAGUGUAUAUUCCUGCAUUCUUGACUCUUAAUUGGCAGGAAGAUGAGCUAAAACUCUCUUGAAUCAAAGGGGUUAUUAGACAGAGCAGUGAGAUCAGUGUGGGUUGUUUAAGUGGGCACAGAUAUAGAUAGGUGCCCUGUGAUCGUGUCACGGUACCAGAAAUAAAAAGCAUUUUGCAUUGGGCCCAACUUAUGUAACAUGAGUGGUAAAGAUGAUAUAAGAAGCUUACACGAAUGAAAAGAAAAGAAUUCCAGGAAUUCCCGAUUGCUUUUGAAUUUCUUUUACUUUGAAAUGUUGGCGAACCAAUGUAUUCAUCUAAGAGCACUACAAACAUUGAAGUGAUCAGAAGUUUCCCCGAAAGAAAAAAAACUUAAUUUGUAUGCCUAAAUGGACUGCCUCCUUCAGAUACUGUUUUUGUAAAGGCUUUUUAAAGAUUGUAUAAAAAUAAAAUGUUCAGACUAAUGAAUGAGAAAAUAUUGUUUCCAUUUUAGUUUGUUGUUUUCUUAUGACACGUUUUUUAAUCAAACAUGUAAUUGUACGGUGGAGCCUAUUUUUCUAUUUGUAUGUGAACAGACUGGAGGGAAUGUUUCUGAAAUGUGGGCCUGUGAGUCUUUUCCAGAGCUUUCUGUGGAUGUUAAUGGUGACUGGGGAGAGUCUACACUCACUGUUAGGGUGAAUAUUUCCCUCAGCCCAAAAAUAUUCCUUAGAUGAAGAUGAGCACUUAAUCCAGAUUAAACAAGAACCACUGCAAUAUUAACGUAAACGUGUUUGGUCUACAUACAGUAGAUUCUCCCAGUAGCUUAGCGAUACAGUUACGGUGUUUGUUGAAGUGUUGACUGCCCUCGCUACUCAGGAGCCUUCAGUACUUUAAUCAGUUUACAUGAAAACAAAUUCUAACUAGUUGAACAUACCAACUUUACUUGUUGGUAAUGUCACCAUUUCAUUCAACAUAUUAAAACCCAUAAAUACUGUAGCUUAACAAAAGCAACGGAUUUUUAUACAUGUGACUGCAGUAACAGAGCAACGGUGCCGUUUAAAAAAAAAAUGACAUGACAAAACAUGUUCUCAUAUGUUUGCAUGCAUACUGUAAACCCCAUGAAUCUGAGAACGUCACCAUUUUUGUUUUCUAGCAGCAUAUUAGUGCCAACAUGUACAUGGUCUCUUUAUUUGCACUAAGAUGUAUAUGUUGAAGAUGAUGCCUAUACGUUAUACAUAACUGCAUUUGUCACGUCUCUGAUCUAAUCUAAUGGCGAUUGUAAAAACUGGUUAUUUUUCCUAAAGAAAAGGAAGGAUACCUGUACAGAAAAUCUUACCUAUUUAAUUUAAUGCAUUCUAAUAAAUGCCAUUGUCUUCGCACGGUUCACAGUCACAUAAUCGUAACAUUUUCUCAUAUCAGAUGUAUCACAUCUGACGUGGGAUUCGGUUAGCCUAACGUGUGCAUCGUGGGACUGAAUUUGUUUAAGGUAGUUAACCUAUGAAAAUGCUGUGUGAUUAGCGUUGUUGCUACUGCGACAAGUCAAACGGUUGUUGGGUUUUUGUUGUUGUUUUUAUGUACUCGAUUGUUUUUGAACAGCCUUUGCAUUUUAUGUAUUUUGUAUUAUCUACAUUUUACAUACUUGUUCCAAACAAAUACUACAAACUGAAGUGGUUAACGUGUAAAUUCAAUAACUUUUCUUGCAGUCACUCAUUUGUAAUGAGGAUUUAGAGGGUGUUGUAUUAAUGAUGUUUUUCGUUUCUCUUUUUGCCUUUGUAUUGUUUUAUAGCCAUGCAGCAUCUGGAAAAAGGCUCAUGAUUUCCAUUUGAUAGACACAUCUGUUUAGAGUGCAGUUGAAGUGCAAUUUUGAUGUAAUCUGAACUAGGUCACUGCUGGAUUCAUUACCUUUUAUCUUCAACAUGUUUAAUGCUCCACAGAGAUCAAUCAUAAAAAUAAAAUGUAAUAUUCAAA